AUGACACUGAGCUCCCUGGACAACAGCAGCAGUUUAUCCUCCACUUUCCUUCUGAGUGGCAUCCCUGGGCUGGAGCACUUGCACAUCUGGAUAUCCAUUCCAUUGUGUUUUAUGUACCUGGUUUCCAUCUUGGGAAACUGUACAAUUCUUUUUAUCAUUAAAACAGAGCCCUCACUCCAUGAACCUAUGUAUCUCUUUCUGUCCAUGCUGGCUCUGACCGACCUGGGUCUGUCUCUUUGCACUCUCCCUACAGUGCUGGGCAUCUUUUGGGUUGGGGCACGAGAUAUUGGUCAUGAUGCCUGUUUUGCUCAGCUCUUUUUCAUUCACUGUUUGUCCUUCCUAGAGUCAUCUGUGCUCCUGUCUAUGGCCUUUGACCGUUUUGUGGCCAUUUGUCGCCCCUUGCACUAUGCUUCCAUUCUCACCAACACAGUCAUUGGCAGGAUUGGCUUGGCUUCUCUAGGCCGUAGUGUAGCACUCAUUUUCCCUUUGCCUUUUAUGCUGAAAAGAUUUCCCUACUGUGGCUCCCCAGUCCUCUCCCAUUCCUACUGCCUUCACCAAGAGGUGAUGAAGUUGGCCUGUGCAGAUAUCAAGGCCAACAGCAUCUAUGGCAUGUUUGUCAUUGUUUCCACAGUGGGUGUGGACUCACUGCUCAUCCUCUUGUCCUAUGCCCUGAUCCUGCGCACCGUGCUGUCCAUCGCCUCCAGGGCUGAGAGAUUCAAGGCUCUCAAUACAUGCGUUUCCCACAUCUGUGCUGUGCUCCUCUUCUACACGCCCAUGAUUGGCUUAUCUGUCAUUCACCGCUUUGGAAAGCAGGCACCACAUCUAAUCCAGGUGGCCAUGGGCUUUGUGUAUCUUCUGAUUCCUCCUCUCAUGAACCCCAUUGUCUACAGUGUGAAGACCAAACAGAUUCGAGAUCGGGUGACCCAAGCCUUUUGUUACUAA